AUGGAUCCUCUGGCUAAAGUCUCUAUUCUGUCGCCUCUGGCGAUGCUCCAAUUGCACCAUCACAAGCCGAAGAAAUCGUGGAUCAGAAGGUACGUUUCCAUUGUGAAAAGAGUCCCCGGAUCCUGGCUGAUUCAUGUGGCUUCCGGCAUAACAAGGCAGCUGAAAUCAGACUCGCUUCUCCGUUUUCUUUUUUAGUUAACGACACUUUUGUAGCUAUUUUCUAGCUGCAUAUUCCAUUGGUUGUGCACUACUUCUCUUAUCAUCCGUAUCCGGCUAUCCAUGGUCCUUCGGGACACGGGAUUAGUCAAUCAGAGAGCAUUCGGAGGAGAGCCAGUGCUUCCGAAUUCACAAGAAUCUCGAGUUACCGGCUGACGGCGUCGAAGACGGCGAAACUCGGAGAGCAGUGUAUUCGUGGGAAUAUCACUCGGCUAAUCACCUUCUCCGCUUUCACAUAACCAAUUGAUUUUUGUUUUUUGUUUGUCGCUCAGACCACCUUGGGUUUCAGGUUUCGAAGCGGCGAUCCCUGUCGGUUCUGAGUAUCCGGAUGUACCUCUUAAUUCCAGUUAAUUUACUCCUGCUCCGUGUGCACUAUACAGUUAUUUUGGGCCCCGAACGAGAAGAAAGCUGGGAACACUCCCAGCGCUCUUGUUUUUGAUGCAUGUCCCAGCCUUCCAUAACUUAUCGUGGCCACCAGAGAACGGACAGAUUCCCCAUUCGUUUUUACUAAAAACUUUACAUUUUUGACCACUAAGAAAAACAAGAAUUCCGUCAGAACUCCUCGUCGUACACAUUUCCGAGUAGUCACUUCUUUUUUUCCGUUUUCGACCGAAUUGAAUCAUGAAACGAAUAUUUCGAUGAUAAAAAAGGGCUGGGAGGAAAUCGAAUUGAAGCCCACACACAUUCGGAAGAAAACGGCUGGGAUGACGGCGGAGAACGAACCCGUUGAGGCUUGCAAAAAAGAUUGAUUAUGGAAGAAGAAUAAGGGGAUGCACACUUCGAGAUGAAUAAAACAGAAACUGAGAAAGGAGAGAAAAAGAGAGAGAGAGAGAGAGAGAGAGAGAGAGAGAGAGAGAGAGAGAGAGAGAGGACGAGUAAACUGAGAAGCAAACUGAGACACUUCCUCAUUAGGACGGACGGAUAAAGACAAAACAAUGAUAGAUCCGGAGCAAAGUUCGAUUUCCCCGAGGGAGCGACAUUCCCGUUUGGACUAUUAAUAUUAGAUUCAGGAUCACUCCUGCUCAUUUAUAAAAAAUGAUGUCCCAUUCUGCGACGGAUCGUCAAUCUAAUGUGUUUUUUGCGCCUCUCGAGGGGACCAUCCCUCCUCUAUUGUCUCACUUUUCUUUCACACUUCCACCCGACCAAUCCUUUUGUGCGCUUCCUUCUUCUUCCCUUUUCAAACUCACCUGGGACUCGUCAGCCUCAUUCUCACUCUUUGUUUUUUUUCUAUUUCGAGUCGGCCGUUUCUCUGAAAUGAUUUCUGAACCUAUUCGAAAGUGCAGCAGACGGGCGCCGUCCCUGGAGAGCCCGAAAAAGUUGUAAGAGAAAUCUAAUCAAACCUGACAUCAGAAGACGGGAUGCCUCCGUUUCUCGGCAAUUCAAUUGAGCACUUUUGAUGCAUAAAAGGUUCUCUUGGCGAAACAACGAAAUUGAAUCUUUUUCGAAAGCGAUGCGCGGCACACUAUUCAAAAAGGUGACAACUGGAAGGGGGUGCGGGCUGUUUCAUUCACUGUGAAACUGACAUGUCGGGGCUCUUUUCAGCGCGGAGCCCACACGAAGAGAGCCCGCAGACAACAUUUCCUGUUUUUCUGCGGACCAUUCUCAUUCUCGAGAUAAUGAAAUCUUGUCGACCCAAUGGGAUCAGUCUGCUCGGAAAUCUCGUGGCAUUUCCCACGAACGUUUGAUUUUAGUCUAUAAACUUUUCGGACACCGAACAAAUUCUUCUGACCAGGAAUUCUUCUUGCAAUUGUAUUGGACAGAGUGUAGAAGAAUCUCUGCGAGUGAGUACAUAGAUCAAUCACAUGCCGGUCAGAAGAUCCUCUCCUUUCCGGUCGGACACAUCAUAUAUGAGUUUCCGGGCGCCGGAAACAAUGCGAGCAAUUUCCCGUGUCUAGGAAAGCUCAAAGUACAAAUCUGAACAGGAUAACAAAGACGUUCUUCAGCUCCUCUUCUCGCUCAUUAGCUCGCCUGUUUGUGCCUUCUUCGUCCCGUUUGUAGCCUCUUCUACCUCCAUUUCAAAUCUAUUCCGCCAAUUUUCCGCUCUCUCUGUUCCGCUCCCCUCAAUCGAGAUUUCCGUUGACUUGAAAGAAAAAACACUGGCAGUUCUAUUUCCUUUUAAAGUUCAGGAAUCACCACCGCAAAUAUUUAUUCGGAGGGACUUCUCCGUGCAACCCAAAUCUGUCUCUCAAACAUUUCUCUUUCCAGCCGUCGGCUUAUUUUUGAUUGAUACUCGAUGAAUCGGUUCGAGUAGACGACGGAGGAAAGGCCAAAGAGAGAACGUCUUUUGCCCAGUUAUUUUCGUGUGUCCUCUUUCCAAAUUGUCCAUUUCCUGGCCCGGCAGUCCGUUGCUGGGUUUGUUCAGGCUCCAGAUGUGCCACGUCACACAUCAUCUCAUUUUGCGAUGCAUGAAAGUGUUCCUUCCAGUGUUUUUUUCCAUUCGCUGAUUUUCUUCCGCUGAGGCACACACGUGCAACUCAAGAUUCAAGAAUUUAUGACUCGUUAAAUCGGCUCGUCAUCUGCUCUCCCUUCCGAAAUUCUCUCUCUCUUUCUCUCCAAUCAAAUCGGUUUCCAGGGUUCUCGCACUUUUUCGCUAUUUCACACGUUGCUCAUGCACAAAACAACUUCUCGCCUCUCACCCACCAUCCUAAUUAUUCUCCUCCUAGUUAAAUUGAAAAGAAGAGGUGGAAGAUGGAAGAGCAGCUCUCUUCUGGCAGCACCCACAAUUUCGUUUGUGUCGCAUGCUCCUGCCAAUCAGCAGCCGGCAGGAAAAUAAUAAGGGGGAGAACCAAAACCCAUCAAAAUUAGGACCUCUUUCCUUCUUUUUCAGUCGUCUGCAAAAAAACAUAUUCUUGGUUUUCAGUGUGAUGAGCGAUGUGAAGCGUUCUCUGCUCGACAUGAGCCCGGGCGGCAAGACAGAGGACGCCGACGAGGAGCCCGAGGAUCACGUGGAGAGCAAUGAAACAUUCGGAGAGUUCUGUACACGUGAGUCUGUCUGAAUGCGUUCGAAUGGACCGAGGACUGUUUGCAGGACAAGCACAGAACGUCGUCCAUUUCCUCGUGGAAGACUGGUUCCUUUCCGCUCUUCUUGGGGUUAUUACCGCAGUCUUAUCCGUCGGGAUGGACGUGGCAAUCGAAGUGUUGCAGCAUGGUAACUAGCCGUAUUCAUUCCUCAGACCCCCUCGGAUUCUCUUUCAGCACAUGUGACCUUCUAUGAUAAAUUUCUCGCCAUCUCAUCGUAUUUGGCGUUCUCUCAAUGGGUCGCUCAUAUUGUUAUUCUCACCAUGUUUUCCGCAAUUUUCUGUCAGAUUGUAUCAAAACAAGCAGUUGGUACGUUAGUCAAAGAGGACCAGAACAACGGGUGUGAAUAAUUCCAGGAUCUGGAAUCCCAGAGGUCAAAGUGAUAAUGCACGGCUUCAAAAUGGAGAACUACUUGACGACACGGACGCUCGUGGCCAAGAUGGUCGGAUUGACACUGGCCAUGGGCGGAGGGCUCCCGAUCGGAAAGGAGGUGAGGCCAAGAACAAAAUUGUUUCCUCUCCGGGGCAUCUUCUUUUUUCCAUUGAAAUAAUCUCGGAAAAAAGUGAAGAAAACAAAUCGAGGAGUCGCGGAGCUCCCUUGGGAACAGGCACGAAACAAAUUUGGCGGCUUUAGUCGUUGAGCUCCCCGAUCUUAUGGUAAUAUCUCUAUUUCAGGGACCUUUCGUUCAUAUGGGCGCCAUCGUGGCCACAUUGCUUUCAAAAAUCACUUCCGCCUGUCAGUACUCGGCUUUCUUCAGCAAUGAAGGUCGGCAAAAUAAUGGAAAUGUAAAGGAAAAGAACGAGUGUUUUUAGGACGGGAAAUGGAGAUGUUGUCAAGUGGAUGCGCAGUGGGAAUUGCGUGCACCUUUUCAGCGCCGAUCGGAGGUAAAGACCCGCUUCCUAGAGGACCAAUGACUGACAGGAAGCACGUUUCAGCCGUUCUCUACGCAAUCGAAUCAACAUCCAAGUACUUUGCCGUCAAAAACUAUUGGAGGGGUUUUCUGGCGGCCACGUGCUCCGCUAUCGUCUUCAGAUGCGCCAACUUUUUCGUGACUGCCGAACAGUCCGGAACAAUCACUGCAUUCUACCAGACACGCUUUCCGACAGACUGUUUUCUUGUCGAAGAACUGCCAAUCUUCCUUCUUCUCGGGUUUAUCAGCGGUCUCAUGGGAUCUCUUUUCAUCUUUAUUCACCGCCAAAUCUCCAUGUUCCGCUCCAGGAACAGAGUGUACCGAAUGAUCUUUCGAAACAAGUCAGUCUUUGGAAUUCAGUUAGUGGUAUUCAAAUGACCUAUUUGCAGUUUUCUCGCGUUCACAGUCUUCAUGGCAUUCGUGGUCGGAGUGCUCACUUUCCCGGAAGGGCUCGGAAGAUACUUUGCCGGGCGGCUCACGUUCCGAGAGACGAUGGCUGACUUCUUCAACAAUUGCACUUGGGCGACGAAUGAUUCGAGGAGGUGCCCGGAUUCGAUUCUCAAGCACUGGACGGGCGGUCCUGAGGGCGACGUCUCCAUUUUCACCAGUCUCGUUCUCUAUUACAUCCUUUAUGUAGGUGCUUCUGUUUGUUUCCCUUUCCAGUCUCUCAUUUUAGUUCGUUCUUGUUGCCAUCUGCAUUUCGAUCAAUGUUCCCGCUGGAGUGUUCGUACCUUCCUUCAUCAUUGGUGCGGCGGGAGGCAGAUUGAGUGAGUUAUCCACUUCUUCCCUGCACUCAUUUUCCUCAAUUUUCAGUGGGUGAGACGAUGGUGGUGCUGUUCCCCGAAGGAAUGCGAGGUCCUGGCGGUCCUCCAAUCCAUCCUGGUCUCUACGCAGUUGUAGGCGCCGCCGCGUACACCGGAGCCGUCACUCACACGCUUUCCGUCUCAGUCAUCAUUUGCGAACUCACCGGACAACUCUCCCCCAUUUUGCCCGUUUUGGUGAGUGUGUACUCUCAAAGAGUCAAACACCGACUCCGUUUCAGAUUGCGAUGCUCAUGGGAAAUGCAGUUUGCAAGUUCCUUCAGCCGUCUAUCUAUGAAUCGAUCAUCCGCGUCAAAAAGUAUCCGUACUUGCCGGACUUACCGCCGUCUCGAGUGUCUGUGCACACUGUAAAAGUGGAACAAUUGAUGGUCACGGAUGUGAUUUACAUCACAAAAGAUAUGACUUACCGAGAGAUGAAGGAGAUUCUUCAGCUGGCGCCGCACUUAAGAAGCUUCCCGAUUGUCACGGAUCAUGGUAGGACUUCAAGAGGAGGAAGUGGAUUUACUGUCACUUUUCAGAAAACAAGAUCCUUCUCGGUUCGGUGGCAAAACGCUACCUGACAAUGCUUCUCCGUCGUCAUGUGCUCGUUAAUCAACAAGACAGUCGGAACAUCGGGAGAAUCACUCCGGCCGAGAUCUUUAACACGAUCAGAAGAACGAGCAUGAGGUAUCGUUGCUUUCCAUUUUUCCAUAUCCUUGACUCUUUUCAGAUUGUCCCGCCGAUCCCCGUCUCGCCGUUCGAACAGCUCCCAGACCCGGGAGAACUCAAUUCCAGAAUCCGCCCGCAGCGAGCAAACGACUGCCGAUCAGGUCGAGUUCGUCUCGGAACGUACGUUCUCCGGCAACACGCUCCUCUCGAUCUCUCCCCUUCAUUGUCCCAAUAACAUUCCGCUUCAAGCGGUCUUCACAAGACCCUCUUCGGCCGAUUUGUCCAAAGCCGUGCGUAUCUGUUGCUGGGGAAACUUAUAAAAUGGGUGUGUUUCAGGAAACGAAUGCAGAUAUUCUUCUGAAUCGAAACAUUGAUCUCGAUGAGAUCGCCAUCGACGCAGCCCCAUUCCAACUGGUUUUAGGAUCUUCCCUGUACAAAGUGCACACUCUUUUCUCCCUUCUCGGACUGUCCCACGCGUAUGUUACCGACUGCGGAAAGCUUGUCGGGGUUGUUGGGCUGAAGGAGGUACUUGCUUGGAAGAUAAAGGCUCAGGACAAACUUCAUCGUUUCAGCUUCGUGACGCCCUUGCCAACAUUUACGUCAGAGGUGCGGUGGCUCCAGUCAAAUCCGACAGGAAACUGACUUCUGGAACGUACCUGGAUAUGUCAUCUGUAUCACAUUUUGAACAGGAAACAUUGGUGAAUUGCAUGUUGCAGAUGAACCGUGACAAGUUGAUUCCACCGAUGACGCCUCCAUCUAACGGUCACUCAAUCUCAAUGGAAUCUCCAAAGUUCGGCAACUCCCUGACCGUCCCUCCAAUGGCUCUUUAA